GAGGUCUUAACAAAAGAGAUACAUAUCCAUCUAUCAAAUUGAAAUCUAUCUAUUUUUUUGUUACAUAUAAUAUAUUUAAUUAAAAAUGAUGUUAUCGACUAGAAAUAUUAUAGCAAAGAGAUUAUUCUCAUUUAAAACUUUACCAACACCAAACCCAGAUGCUUUAAAAUUCAUUUCCCCAGAAUGUCCGAUUUUACCGAUCCCCAACAAGACAUUUGAAUUCAAUUCAACUUUCCAAGCUAUGCAUUCGCCAUUGGCCUUGAAACUCUUCCAGAUUCCUGGUGUCAGAUCUGUGAUGUUGGGUCAAGAUUUUCUUACCGUCAACAAGCAAGAUUACAUCAAUUGGGCUAACCUUAGACCUGAAGUUGUGGAGUUAAUGGAUCAAUUUUUAACCAACAAAAAGGAACCGGUAAUAACAAAGGAGUUGAUUGCUGAAAGUGAAAGAGAAGCAGCCGAGCAAGAAGAUGAACUGGAACUUGUAUCUAUGAUCAAAGAGUUGAUCGAAACUAAGAUUAGACCUGCCAUUCAAGAUGACGGUGGAGAUAUUGAAUAUAAGGGAUUUGAUGAAGAAACAGGAAAGGUUUUCCUUAAGUUGCAAGGUGCGUGUAAGACAUGUUCAUCCAGUGAAGACACUUUGAAACAUGGUAUCGAGUCUAUGUUAAUGCACUACAUCGAAGAAGUCUCUGAAGUUGUUCAAAUUUUGGAUCCAGAAGAAGAAAUUGCUCUUAAGGAAUUUGACAGAUUAGAACAACUGUUGAAGGCCAAGAAGGCUGCCUCUGAAGAGGUUCCUCCUCCUUCAUUAUAAUAUCCACCGCUAGAUAUCUCCCAACAUUGCAUUUUAUACGCUUUGAUGUAUAGUAUUUAUUAGUCUUUCAUCUUUUUUUUUUGUGACAUAUUUUGAUUCAUUCUAUUUA